CCAGUGCUCAGCAACACGGCAGUUAACUGUUAAAGUCCUUUCGCUCUCCAGCCCUCGUUUGCGUACGUCAGUUUGAAACUUUUUACUGUAAUUCAGAAACUUAAACGAACAAGUUGUGUGCUCUCCUAAGUUACGGAAUUAACUAAUAUAGGAUACUCGAAAUGGCUAUUCGGGACAUUUGGCUGUUUUUAGUCACCAAUAAGCGGCACUUGCUGCGCGCUAUUGCACUUUUCUUGAUUUCAAGUGCAAUAUUGCUCUUCAAAUUGGACAACAACGUCGCCGGCUCGAUGAUCAAUUUGCUAGAUCUGAACGGCGGACUGAACUCCGCCAGUAUGUGGAACCACAAUGCUGCUGUCGGCAUCUACACAGUGAGUCUUAUCAUGGUGGUAUUCGCCGUGUUCUUUCAACGUCGCUUCCGAAUCUUUGACACGAAUGUCAUGAUGCCGCUGGAGGAUGCAGCUAAGCAAGCUGAUGAGGAGAAGGAGGAAGAGGAGGAGGAGGACUAAGGCGUUAAUCACCAUUGCCGGACUCGCAGAAGAAGAAACAUUCCCAGCUAUAAUAUAAAAAGCUUUCAAUUAUUCUAAAUUGAAGUCAAAAUAAAGUCAUUGUCGAGAACGGAAA